GGCUGCAUUGCUGUUGUUUCCAGUUGCUUCUAUUUUGUUAUAAUACCACUAACAGUUGACUGUAUAAUAUUUAGUAGCAAGGAAAUUUCACGGAUGGACUUAUUGCACAGGUGGCAACCUAUCAUAGUACCAUGCUUGAAUUCACUGAGCUCCUGAGAAGGACCCAUUCUUUCACAAAUGUUUGUAAAAGCAAUCUGCAUGCCUAGGUGCUUGAUUUUAUACAUCUAUGGCCAUGGAGGUGAUUGGAACACCUGAAACUAAUGAUUUGGAGGGGUAAUUGGAACACCUGAAUCCAAUGAUUUGGAGGGG